AUGCACUCCAACAAGCAGCAGCACUCGCCCGACGCCCUGCGCACCAGCGUGCCGCACAACCCGCCCUCGCCCCUCCUCGUCUCGCCCACCUCGGUCCCGCCCGUGACGACGACCGACAGCGCCGUCGGCCCAAAGGACAAGCCGCCGUCGCCGACCUCGUCGCGCCGCAAGCCCGCCCCGUCCGUCACGGUCGACGACCUCGGCGAGCCCUCGCCGUCCCCCACCCGCACGGCGUUCCACCACCCUCAGCCCCCGAAACUCGUCACGUCCGCCUCGGCCGUCGACGUGCGCCCCUCGUCGAGCCGCCAGCAGCACGCCCCGCCGCCGCUGCGCUCGGCGACGAGCGACGACCCGAUCUCGCCCACCAACCGCGGCGAGUUUGCCCGCGGCCGCACCGUCCCCUCGACGCCGCCGUCGUCGUCGCGCCGCGAGCGCAGCACGUCCAAGGGCCCGCCGGUCCCGGUCCCGCACGACGAGGACGACAUCGCGACCCUCAACUUUGAUCGCCGCCCGUCCCAGAUCGACCCGCUCACGCCCUCGUUCCACUACGCCCACUCGGCGGCCAACGCGCCGCCCGUCCCCGGCAGCGGGAGCGGCGGCGCCGCGUCGACGCCGCGUGCCCUGACGGGCGGCACCACGACGUUCGCGCCGCUCCCGCCGUGCUCGCCCGUGCGCUCGCCGCCGACCGAGCAGCGCGGCCACAUGCGCCAGCGGUCGAGCCACGCGCGCAACCCGAGCAUCUCGCUCUCGUCGCCGCUCGCGAGCCCGACCUCGGCGACGUACGGCCCGCACGCCCAGCAGGUCCCUCCCUCAUCGGCGGCGGCGGCGACGAGCGCGGCCAAGAUCCUCCCGCUGCAGCCGGCGCGCACCCGGGCCCCGAUCGAGGCGUUCGCGAGCGUCGAGAUGCUCCAGGGCCAGCGCGAGCACCAGGACCGCACGCGCGGCACCGAGGUGUUUGGGCCCGGCGGCACGUACGAGGGACGGGCGAGCAGCUUGAGCGGCGAGGGCGGCCUGCCGGCUUACUCGCGCCGACACGACCCGCUCGCGGCCGUGCGCGCCGCGCGCAACCCGAGCAUCGCCGCCGCGUCGCACCAGCACCAGCAGCAGUACGGCGCGAGCCAGCUCCCGCCGCUCGAAUUCGACAUCAUGAGCAUCGCGAGCCAGUUGAGGGAGCACGACGCGAGGAGGGGGAGCGAGGACGUUCGCGGUGGAGAGUGGCCCCGUCGGUUCAGCGAGGCCUCGUCGGGCGGCGACGACUCGCCGCCGGCGACGCCGUCGAGCGGCGGCCCGACGCUCAACCCGGCCUUCUCGUUCCCGACCCGCUCGAGCUCGUCGCUCAAGUCGGCCGCUCCGGCGUACACGUCCAACAGCGAGCUCGGGCGCGCCUUCUCGUUCGCCAAGCGCGACUCGCACGGCGACGGCGGGCCCGGCGGGUGGCGCACCGAGCACCUCGGCGCGAGCGACAAGGCGUUCGCGCUCCAGCGGCCCUCGAUCGUCGCGCUCCCCGUGUACCCUGCACCGGGUGGCACCCUCGGCCGCAGCUUCAAGACGCGCGCCAAGAAGUGGGCGACCAAGGUCGCGCUCGUCACGGUCCUGCUCGCGUGCGCGUCGAGCUGGGUCUACCUGUGGGUGCGCCUCGGCGCCAUGCGCAUCGUCGAGCGCAGGCGGCCCGGCGUCUUUGUCGGCGGGUGGUGCUACCUCGCGCUCGAGACGGUCGUCACCCUCCUCAUGACGGUACACUCGAUCUGGACCGUCUUCACGUACCGCCCUCGGUCGACCGAGCCCAAGCUGCGCCUGCGCGGCGACCACAACCUGCCCUCGGUCGACGUCUUUGUCGUCUCGUCGGGCCAGGCCGACCAGACCGUGUUCGACUGCGCGGUCGCCGCUGCGUCGAUGGACUACCCGCCGCACCGGUACCGCGUCAUGGUCCUCGACCCGCUCGCGAGCGCCAACCUCGAGCGCGAGUUGACGCGCCACGCCAAGUCGCAGGCGGCGCCGCACCUGUCGUACCAUCGCCGCGAGCUCGGCGCCGCCCCUUCGAGCGUCGUCGUCGACUCGAGCGACGAGAAGACGCCCAAGCUUAUGCAGGAGGGGCAGCAGCGUCGCGAGAGCAGCGGCGCGCGCGGCAUCGAGACGGCGGCGACGACGGCCGCCAACUCGAUCAACUUUGGCAUGGUCGAGGCGGCGUCGUUCGGCAUCAAGGGCCCGGCCGAGUUCAUCGCCGUGUUUGACGCCGACAUGAUUCCCGAGCGCAACUACCUGCGCGCCGUCCUGCCGCACAUCCUCGGCGAGAACAAGGUCGGGCUCGUCAAGACGCGCCGAGGGUUCAUCAACCUCCCGCACCGCGUCAACCAGCCGACGGCGACGCUCCUCACGGCGUGCGAGACGCCGGCCGACACGCGCUCGGGCUUCCUCCUGCGCCGUGCCGCCUUGACCGAGAUCGGCGGCUUCCCAUCGGCGUCGUGGAUCCACGACGGCCAGUGCGAGGCGCUCCUCCAGGGGCGCGGGUACCAGGUGCAGCAGGUCGACGAGGUGCUCCAGUGGGGCAUGGCCAAGCCGACGUACGCGUCCCAGAUCGGCGCCAUGAUGGUCAACCGCCUCGGUCCGCUGCGCACGGCGCACCGCCUCGGCUGGUUCAUCCGCGGCGACAAGACCCGGCUCAUGCCGUUCGGCGCCCGCCUCAAGGCGAUCGGCAAGGCGCUCCUGCCCCUGUUUGGCGUCGUCGUCCUCCUCCUCGCCUACGUCUACCCGUUCAUGUUCACCUUUGGCGGCAUCCUCGUCCUCACGCCCAACCUGAGCAACCUCAACCGCCUCCUCCAGGUCACGCUCAUCAUGGUCCUCCUCAACAAGCUGCAUGAGGUCGUGUGGUGCUGGUCGACCGGCCUGCCCUCGCCUCGGCGCGUCCUCCAGGCGUGGAUCUUUGCCGCGCCGUACCAGGGCGUCGCCCUCGUGCGCCUCGUCCUCCCUCGUCGGCUCGGCGGCUACAAGGCGCGCACGUCGGACCUCCACAUCAACGAGGUCGUCGCGCACCCGGUCCGCGAAAAGUGGUACAAGCGCCUCGGGUGGGCCGCAAUCGACCCGCUCGUGUCGACCAUGUUUGCGUUCCUCGCCGCGUUCGGCGUCGCCAUCUGGCGCAUCGUGCGCGACUACGAGCACGGCACGACCGACCGCCACCAGGCUCUCUUGACGGUCCUUCUCACCAUCGCCUGGCCGACGCUUCUGUGGAGCGAGUUCCUCUUUGCGUCCUUCGUCCCCUUCAUCUGCCUCCUCUUCCCCUCGCACCUCCUCACCGAGCCCCGCGAGUCGUUCCUCAUCCGGGACCACUACUCGCACGUCGCGCGGCCCAAGCACCACUUCAAGACGGCGAGCCCGUUCAAGGUGUCGCGCGCGCCCGAGUUCGUCACGGGCGUCGUCGUCGUCGCGUGGGCCGUCGUGUGCGUGUGCGUCGCCAAGUUGACCGACGUGCUCGCGUGA